GAUCAGGAAGUUUGUGCUCUCUGCGUGGCUCAGAAGUUUUUCCACCUACUAGGACGCGGGUGGGGUGAGGGAAACAGGUGUCCUAAAAUAGAGCGCAAUCUUCAGCUUGCCUCCAGCCGUGAUCCAGGAGUAACAUCAGAAACAGGUAAGAAUGACCACUUUAACUCACCGGGCCCGUCGCAUUGAAAUAAGCAAGAACUCUGAAAAGAAGGUGGAAAAUGAGGAAGGUAACAACCAAGAGAGGAGUCCUGACAGUGAAGACUCUGGAGACUCUAAGGAUAUCCGCCUCACACUUAUGGAAGAAGUAUUGCUCCUGGGACUAAAAGAUAAAGAGGGUUACACAUCUUUCUGGAAUGACUGCAUAUCAUCUGGCCUACGAGGGGGCAUCCUGAUAGAACUGGCCAUGCGGGGUCGAAUCUUUCUGGAACCCCCUACAAUGCGUAAGAAGCGACUACUAGACAGAAAGGUACUGCUAAAAUCAGACAGCCCAACAGGUGAUGUUUUACUAGAUGAAACCCUCAAACACAUCAAAGCAACUGAACCCACAGAAACUGUCCAAACGUGGAUAGAGUUACUCACUGGAGAGACCUGGAACCCAUUCAAAUUACAGUACCAGCUGAGAAAUGUACGAGAGCGAACUGCAAAAAACCUAGUAGAGAAGGGUAUUUUAACCACUGAGAAGCAGAAUUUCCUGCUGUUUGAUAUGACUACUCAUCCAGUGACCAAUAUAACAGAGAAACAGCGACUAGUGAAAAAGCUUCAAGAUAGCGUACUAGAGCGGUGGGUCAAUGAUCCUCAGCGUAUGGACAAGCGAACACUAGCACUCCUGGUGCUAGCCCACUCCUCCGAUGUGCUAGAGAAUGUCUUCUCCUCUCUGACAGAUGACAGGUAUGAUGUGGCAAUGAAUAGAGCCAAGGACCUAGUAGAAUUGGACCCCGAAGUGGAGGGGACAAAGCACAGUGCCACAGAGAUGAUCUGGGCUGUGCUAGCAGCCUUCAAUAAAUCCUAAAGCCGGAAGGUGGGUUUCUCCUUUUCUCCUGCUGGCUGGUGACUGUCAGAGACUCCAUCGUUGAUUUUUGUGUAAUGAGAUGUGUUUUCUUUUUUUUUUUCCUUCUCUUAAAUCAGACUCAUGAUUUGAGGAGAGCAACUUCAGGGCUUCUCCAGAGACCUUGACCUUUAUAAGCAGACUUUAUUUCUCCCUAUACUUCUACCCCAUAGGUAGAAUAAACUGAGUGAACCCACACACACCCAGUAAACAUUUUCUUCCAUUUCUUGGUUUAGUUUCAUCCAGUGUGCUUUUGGAUAAACAGGAAUAUCUAAGUGGCAUUUGGAGUUCUCUAGCCACAGAAUGUGAAUGAGAUAAAGAGCAAACCAUUUAUUUUAUUUUUCUAAGUUUGUUUUCUGUCUUAAAUACAUGUUUUCACAGCCUUUGUCUCAAUGUUUUUCUCUCAGAUUUGGCUAAAUAAUGUAGCUUAUUGAAAUAACUGUUUCUUUGAAUAAGGGGCAAUGGAAACAACACUAAUUUUUGAAGCAGAUGGUCUCUGGGAUUGUAUGUUCUGCUAGUGAUUUUCUCAUCUUUCUUUUUCUAACCUAAUGAGAAUGUACCAAAUUUGAUUACCUGGAUCUCAGUCCUAGAGCCAGAAAUAUAUUCUAUACCCCCUCUUAGAAUUACUAUGCUCCUUUAUCAUUACGAUAAAAGUCUAAAUUUAAAAAAAAAAAAUUUCUCUCAAUUACCUCCUUCAUGCCAUUAGCAUUAGAAUUUGUAAGGGAGGGAGGUGGCAUGAGAAUUUCCAUCCUUUAGCAUAUGACUUUCCUGUUUUCUCCAGACUACUUUCAAUGUCUCUGCCCUGAUUGAAUUGAGGGUACUGUUAAGGUUCAAUUGCCAAAUAGCAGCACCCUGAGUCAAGACAGUGUAAAUGAACUCCAGAUAUUGUUCCUUUUUUUUUUGGCUUCCUACCUAAAUUGAUAAAUUCUGUCUAUGUUUAAGGGUUUGGGGAGUAGUUUUGUUUAUAUUUAGUCCACAGAUACCCUCUUACUCAUCAAGGUCUUGUUUCAGCACAACUAUCUUUCUGGCCAAAUCUUUAAAUGUUCUUCAUUCACAGUGAGGGCAAAGAGAAGCUUUAUUAAGAAAGAUCCCCAUACCGGCCAGCCACCCAGAAUAAUAAAUAAAUAAAUAUCCUGUUUAGAGGGGCAAUUUAUUGUCAAAAGUAUACUGAUUAUUAAGUCUAGUAUUUAGGGAUGUAAAGAGGACAGGCACCGAGUUGUGCUAAUGUCAAGCAUUUAUUAACUGGAUCCUGACUCUUGAGUAUUACAAAGAAACAGGUUGUCAAAGGGUUAAUACAGUUGACCCAGACCCAACAUCAGAUCCUCCUGAUCAGAAGUAAUUUACUGAAUGAUUGUAACUUCAUCUUCCCCUAACCUUACCUACCCCCACAAAAAUUCCCCAACUCAACAGUUUUUUUGUUUUUCUCUUCAGGUAUCUCUUGGUGGAUAGAGAUAUAAACUGUAAUGUGAAACAAAUUCUAACUUUGAGGCCGAGUAGAGCUUCGGUCUGGCUCUCUAAA